AUGUCGUUUGCUGUGUUUCGUGUUUCUCGACUACUAGGUAGUUUCGAUGGGCAAAUCAACGGGAUUUGUGCUACUUUCUCUCCAAGUUGUGUUCAAGUACGUGGUCGAAAAAGGGCGUUGAAGAAGCCGUUGAGUAGACAAGAAAAACUGGCUAGAAGGAUCAAAAGAGAGGAGAAGGAGGCGGCCAAGAAGCAAUUCUCAUUCAUGGAGAGGAUUAAAAUCAGAAGAAUGAAGGAAAUGUGGGUUCAUUUUAAUUACGUUGGUCAUGUUUAGGAGAUUUAAUGGAAUUAGGUAACACAUUAAAAAAAGUUGUGGAAUUUCACAGAAUUAAUCUUUUAGGUUUGAAAUUGAAUGAAGUUUAUAUACGUUGGUGCUUAUCGUACACAAAGAGGGGUGUACGAGCAAUGAUUCAUAUAUAUUGUUUUAGGCAAUCUCCAUCUGAAAUGGGACCAGGUAGAUAUGAUGAAAAUAAAGAAGUGGGGCUUCCAGAAAAGCCUAUGGCUACAGUUUAUAUAAAGUCUGAUGUGAAAGAGCAGUUUUAUUCAAUUUCCGAGGCUUUGGCUUUGCAUCGUCUACAACAACGACCAGAGAUCUAUGACAACUUGAAUGCUCAGCUUAAGUUGAGGUUGGAGUUGAAUAUGACAACAGAAAGGGCGGUUAGUUAACUUAUUUGUUUUUUUAUAUUUAGGUAAUUUUUGAGGUAUAUUGUGACUGGUAAGCUAUUUUUACUAAAAUUCUUGAAUAUUACAAUGUUUUUAAAUAUUUUGUACUAUUAUAAGGUAUUUAUAGACUAAAAUGAUGACGGCAAGCGAUGAGAUCAUUCCGGUACCGUUUCCUUUUGACCACAAGGAGAAGCGGUCGAUUCUGGCGUUUGCCGCUGAUUUGAAGACGCAAGAUAUUGCUUUGAAUGCUGGAGCUGAAGUUGCUGUUGGGCUUGACAUGGUGAAGAAGAUCAUUAAAGGGCAGUUCAGAAUCGACGAUUACGAUUUUUGUGUUGCUCACUCUAAUAUGGCUGGACCUAUUUUGGCUCCAUUGAGAGGACUGCUGAAGUCACGAUAUCCGAGUAAACUUAAUGGUAUGUCAUUUUAUGUUAGACUACUUUUUAAAAAGAUUUUUUAACUUUUGGUUUAGCAAAAAUUAAAGAUGAAGUUCUGAAUUUAAUUAAAAAAUUUAUAAAAGAAAAAAGUUAGGAGCAACUUUUGAUGUAAAUAACGAUUUAAAAAACAGAUCGGUUAGCUUAUUAUCUAUUUUUUUAAGCUUAAAGUUUGUAUUAUAACGUAUUGUAGGAGCUAUGGGCGAUGAUUUGGUAGAGUUGGUCGACAAGUUCAAGAAAGGAGUUAAACUGAGUAUUAAGCCAGAUGGUGUAUAUCCAAUGUGGGGUCUUUCUGAGCCAGUGAUUGGAAGGGUAAGUGAUAAAAAGGUCUUAACUUUAAGAAAUUGGCAUAUCUUCUUAAUUAGCGUAUAACAUUAUCAAUGGCAUUGUUUUAGUUGAACAUGUCAGACCAACAGAUCGAAGAGAAUAUCAAAGCUGUUGUCGAAGCUGUUUGUGCUCACAGGAAUCCAGCGUUAGGACCUUUUAUAAACCGUUGUAUGUUGACAUUGCUGCCUCCCAAGGUGUAUAUUCCGAUUGAUGUGACACCGUACAUGCCAGUAGCUACAGAAGAACAAAUUGACAAGCUUCAAAGCCGGAAAAAGAAGAAGAAGGCUAAGGUGGUAGUGGAAGAAGAUGUGGAAGAAAAGAAGAAUGCGGACGACUACUUGGUAUCUUUGAUGUAG